UUUGGCGGUGUCCGCUGUCGCUGUGUGCUUCUUUUCUAUAGUACAUGUGUCAGUGUGUACGCUCAUUCAAUUCCCAUCUUUCAAUUUUUUUACUUCCAAUUUGCUCCUCCUUUUAAGUUCAAUACUGCUCAUAUUUGUCUAAUGACCACCACAGAGGAUUUGGAAUUAUCGGAUCAAGACAAGGUUCAACUUUGGAGUACAGACAGUGGUAUGGAGUCCAUGACUAACAGUAAUAAGGAUAUCACCCCUGUUUCUGAAAACUUUGAUGACGACGAAGAAGAUGAAACAUUAGGUGAACGCCUGUGGGCACUAACUGAAAUGUUUCCCGAAUCUGUACGAAAUAGUGUUAGUAAGCUGAUUAAUACCACUGGUAAUGCUAUCGUAGAAACUUAUUCGUUUGCCUGUACUUCAACAUGGUAUUUAUCAACAACAGCAGCAUUGUUACUUAUGCCUGUUCUAUUUGAAACUGAACGCAUACAAAUGGAAGAAGCACAGAAAAAUCAUUCAAAACAACUACUUCUUGGCCCUGGUAGUGCUGGUGGUAACUUAGGUGGUGGAACAACAAUUUUACCCAAUUAAUAUUUUCCUCGGCGUUAAUUAUAUUUUAAACCUAUCUAUCUUAGUUUAUUGUUUGGUUAAAAUAAAUAUUUGUA